CGUACGGAGAACGGACUGAACCGGUCCGGCGGCGCGCCGGCGUCUCCCUCCACCUGACGCGAACCGUUACCGCGUUGCCGCCACCGCCGCGGACUACACCGCGGACUGCGCCGCGAGGAUCGGGAAAAGAAGACAGAGACGGACGUCCCGCUGCCAAUCAGGGGCGGCGCGGGGAAGCGGGGCAGCGCGGCGCGGUGUGCGAGUGGCCUGAAAGUGUGUGACAAUUACAUUGGAUUACGACGACAAGUGCAGCGCGAAGCAGAGGGAACAGCAGAGCGGCCCGCGAGUGGCCCCACGCGCCCCAUGCGCCCCUGCUGAGCGGCCGCCGGCGCGGCCUCUGCCCCGGCCCGGCCUCCGCCCCAAGGCCCUCGGGGCCAGCGGGGCACUGGAAGCGGCACUGGAAGGCACACUGGAAGCGACGCUGGAACCACGACACUGCUAGGCCGGUCCAGGGACGGUCCCGCCCCAAACAUGGAGACCCUGAGCGUGUCCAUCCCCCCUCCGCUGCCGCCGAAGACGAGAAAGAAGACCUCGUCCCCUUCGUGGUGCGGGUCGCAGCUGCAGCCACUGCAGCAGAGCCAGCGCGGCCCCCGCAGCCCCUGCCGGGGGCCGCCGACGGAGGCCGCGCCGGGCGCGCAGUGCGGCCACCACACUGCGCACAGCGCGCACGGCGCCGCGGACCGCGUGCACGUCGUGAGCAUCCGCAUUCGGCCCGAGGAGUCCCGCUCCGCCGACGGCUGCGUGCGGAUCAGCGUUGGCGGCGCGCCGUCGCCGCCGCCCGCGGCCAUGGUGGUGACCAGGAGCGCGUCGUCGGCGCCGUCCGGGCCGUCCGCCGACGCGGCCUUCUUGUUCUACAACGGCGUGGCCUCCACCACCAGCGGCCAGGCGUCCCCCGUGGACAGCGGCACCUGCAGCGACGACGCCGCGGACCGGCACGCCACGCCGCCGCCGCUGCCCAGGAAGACGACGAAGCGCGGCGCGGCGGCCACGGCGACGUGCGUGCGCGUCACCGUCAACGGCGAGAGCGACGAGGAGCGCAGCGACCGCGGCAGCAGCACCAUGAGCUGCGACUCGCUCAACAGCCUGGACAAGGUGGCCUGCUUCCUGCUGGACGCCAACGCCGCCGCCAACGCCGUGCGCAUCCCCGACGUGGCCAAGCUGUCCCUGGCCGCGUCCCCGGACACGUCCCUGGACAGCGCCGCGUCCUCCGCCGCCGACGGCGACGUCCUGGAGGCCGGCGACCACGAGCCCGUGGUGGUGCGGAGCAUCCGCAAGGCCGCCAGGGCCGCCGUCGUGGACCAGCGGACGUACGAGGACCGACAGUGCACCAGCAGCGGCAGCAGCGGCGUCGCCACGCCGCCAGACCACUACUACGACUUCCACCUCAACGAGCGCGAGGACCACGACGGCGCCAACGGCCGCGACGACGAGGACACCUUCGCCGGCUGCAGGGACUACACCCUGGACGAGCCCGUCACCGUGCCCGCCACCAUCCGCAGCUCCAAGGGCACGGUGCGCGGCGUGCGGAACCGCGUGCGCGCCGGCGUCGCCACCUUCCUCAGCAUCCAGCACAACCGAUCGUGGAAGGACAAGGAGGCGGGCAAGGUGGUGGUCUACACGACGACCAUGGGCGUGGUGCGCGCCACCUACCAGCGCUGCGUGCGCGUCAAGCAGAUCCUGCGCACGCUGCUGGUGCGCUUCGACGAGAAGGACGUCUUCAUGUCCAGGGAGGUGCAGGGCGAGCUGAUGGAGCGCAUGCGCCUGGACGCCAUCCAGGUGCCGCAGGUCUUCGUGGAGGGCCAGCACGUCGGGGAUGCGGAGACCGUCGAGCGGCUCAACGAGUCGGGGGAACUGCGAAAAAUGCUCAAACCGUACAAGAGUGCCGACGUGUGCACGACGUGCGAGGUGUGCGGCGGGUACCGCAUGCUGCCCUGCGCGGUGUGCAACGGCUCCAAGAAGUCGGUGCAUCGGAACAACUUCACCGCCGAACUGGUGGCGCUCAGGUGUAUGAACUGCGACGAGGCGGGGCUGGUGAAGUGCGACGCGUGCUAGAGAUAGAAAGAGAGAACUUACGGUGGAGUUUAAGUCAAUUAAUGCAGACGAGGCGGCAUCGGCGAGAAAGUCGCCGCGGCAGUGUACCCUCCCCGCGAAUCUCUUUGCGUCUCUUGGCGCUGAAUCGCUGCAUUGCCGAAUCGGCUGGGGAAGUUGUUAGAGUCCUCGACACUGCGCCGAACAGUGGGUCAGAAGACCGGUGGAGGCGAUCAAAAUCCCGGACGCGUUUGGAGCUCCAGAGUCGCUAACUGGG